AUAAUCUAAAUUACAAUAUAAAUUGAUAUCGAUAAAUAAUUUACGUUUGAUAAAAACUAGAUUAGUCUCGCUUUGAACCUAAUAGGUGAUUGUUCAAAAUGAAGUUUUUUAUAAUAUUUGGAUUAGCUGUGGCUUGUUUCUCAGUUUCUAAUGGAAGCCCCACCAGCCGAAUCGCGGGGGGUGUGGUAACAGACAUUCGGAACUAUCCUUUCGCUACGUCUUUGAUCUCCAACAUAGGCAGUACAUCCUUCACACAAGCCUGUGCUGGAACUAUUAUCUCGUCUAGUGCUAUUUUGUCGGCUGCUUCAUGCUUCUUUACUGGUAACCAGGCUCAUUCAAUCGAAUCAUGGCGAGCCAGGGUAGGCUCAACGUAUUCAAAUUCCCAAGGAUUAAUAUACUUAAUACGUAGAAUAACAACCCAUCCAGACUUCGUAUCGACAACCCUUGUCAACGAUGUGGCUGUGUUAAGGACUGUUGUACAGAUAACAUUCACCGAUACAGUUCAGCCUGCUUACUUAGCCGGAGGGGCGUACAAUUUGGCUAACAACCAGCAAGUAUGGGGUAUUGGGUGGGGAGUCACUUCUAACGUAGCAGCCCCGUCUCCCAACCUCCGCGACGUGCAGGUCUUCGUGAUAGACCAGCAGACCUGCAUCAACCGGUACAACGAGAUCGGGUUCGCGGUGAACGACAACAUGCUGUGCGCCGGAUGGCUGGAUGUCGGUGUUAGAGGACAAUGCGAGGGUGACAACGGUGGACCUCUCCUCCACAAUGGCGUGGUCGUCGGAGUAUACUCUUGGACCGAGGGGUGCGGCACCGGCAGACAUCCGAGCAUCAACACCAGAGUAUCAGCGUUCAUCAGGUGGAUAGAGUCCACCGCUGUUGCUGCUUAAAUAUAUACUUUGAUACCA